ACAAACCUUUGUUCUUCCAAGUUUUGUCAAAAUCUCUCGCCUAAUUCUUGAGAUAAUAAUGAAUUCCAUGUUCAGUGCCUUCGACGCCAUGUGCGCAGAGAUUAUGGGCAAGAAAGUCACCGCUGCCUCUUUCAUCUGCAACCCCUCUGAACGCAACCCUUCUUCUUCCGCCGGUCAAACCGCGUCUUCCUCACUGAAGAAAGACGAAAAAGCUACAAACUUGGCGGCGAAGCAACCGAGGUGUGCUUUGGAGCUCGACGGGAUUCACUGCUUCGAGACCAUUGUUCGUUCUUGAUUCCAGUAACAGAUCUUCCUGAGUCUUUGUGUUUUCUUCUUUUUUUUCUUUUUUUAUGUAAAUACAAUUUUGGAAAAAAAUCAAACUAUUCAUCGUUUGUGAUUGGUUCAUUCUAUUUUGCUGUUUUAUGAUUGCUCUCUUGUGUUCGUUUUCAGAUUCUUGAUUUUAUGUAUAUAAUAUAAAAAAGAAGAAAUUAUUCUUGUGGUUCUCUAAUAUAACAUGAAAGAACCAAACUUUGCAAGAAGAAACCAUUCAUUGUCAAAUUUAGGAUUUAGAUUAAGGAGGCAAAACUUGGGGCUUUAGAUGAUCUCUGUAAUGCAUCAUUAUCAUCAUUAACCUACACUAAUCACCAUCCAUAAUAAAGAAGAAAGCUGAACCUAUACAUUAAACUUGGUCAAAGAGCUUAGAAACUGGUAUGCCAUAUUGCUCCUUCGCCUUCUCCGCACCGUUGGUGUAUUUCAAGCAUUCUAUCCACAGAUUUGCAUAUUCCACUGCAGCUCCAGUCGAAGGAUGCUGCGCAAGGGUUUCCUGCUUGUCCCUUCCACUCACAAUCUGCCCCACACACAUAUCUCAUUAAGAACCAAACUUAUUUGCAAUGAGUCAAAUUGAUCAUAGAUCUUUUACCUAAGGGUGUUCCGCAGCAGAGACUUCUAUCAUCGAUGUGUUCAACAUCUAGACCAAUGAACCAUGAUCCUAAAGACACAUCUUCAUUCGCGUAUUUGUGAAGUAGUUGC